AAAGCUACCGCCUGGUCCGUACUCCAUAGCUUGCUUUCACUCUCUCCUUCCCUUCCUUCCUACACCCGCUCGUCACCCUAUCCGUGACAUCUACUCCCGAGCUGGUACGCCCUAUGGUCUACCCAAAGGCUCGAACUUCUUGAUCCAUCUAUACCAUCCUUUGAUUGCGACGGAACUGAUAGGAACAUAAAACUCUCAUCACUGUCCAUCGAACGAGCUGGACCAAGCUACGAUUUCCGUUCGUGGUUAAAAGGCAAACAGAGCGAAUUCGCAAGUAUAUCAUCUCUGAGCGACCGCUCCUCUACCAUGUCGUUUAACUUUGGGGCUCCCAGUUCGACACCGACCUCGAGCGGUCAGUCGAACCCGGCCACCUCUGCCCCAGCCUCUGGAGCCGUCUUCGGAGCUGCGACCGGCACCCCUUCAUUCUCCUUUGGCAACCUGGGCGGGCCCUCGAACAACAAUACCGCUGGUGGCUCCGGCACAAGCAAUUCGGCCUCGGGGGGAUCUCUUUUUGGGAACAGCUCUGCUCAGAAGCCUGGAGGUCUAUUCGGCAAUGCCGGUACUACCCCUGCAGCCUCUGGCGCCACUGGAUCUUCGAGCACUCCAACUACAUCUGGUAGUCUAUUUGGAAACGCCGCUGCGUCUACUCCGAGCACAUCUGCACAAGCAUCCGGAGGCCUCUUCAGUAAUACGUCAGGUGCUGGUUCAACCGCGACUGGGGGAUCCUCGCUUUUCGGUGGUACCGGGAAUGCCACUUCUGGUUCGAACCCGAGCCUUUUCGGAGGAGCUGGGAAUACUAAUACUUCAACAUCCUCUGGUGGGUUGUUUGGUUCUCAGGCCACGAGCCAGGCGCAGUCUACUGGCUUGACGGCGCCUUCGGCUGGCGGGCGGUUCGGAAAUCCAACAUCGCCCGCCGCCAACACACAGCAACAAGCUAGCACAACUCCCACCACGCAAGCAACUCCCGCAAAGAGCCUGUUUGCUCAGCCGUCUACUACCCCAGCCGGAGCGCCUCCGACGGAUGCGUCCAAGCCCGCCGCGGGGGGUCUCUUUGGAUCUGCCCCUUCCGCAACGACCACUCAAGCUGUCCCAUCCAGCCAGCCUACAACCUCGGGCGCUUCGCUUUUCGGCAAUACUUCCACGGCCGGCGCACAGUCGACAGGUGGCGGUUUGUUCGGCCAGAAGCCUGCUGCUACUACUACAUCAUCUGGCGGCCUCUUCGGCAAUCAACAGUCGACUCCGUCUACCCAGCCAGCUGCUGCGUCAUCUGGCGGUUUGUUCGGCGCCAGACCUGCUACAUCCACGCCCGCUGCCUCGGCUCCUGCUACUAGCACUGCAGGUGGUCUUUUCGGCAACGCUGCCUCGUCCGCUGCCCCUGCAACUACGACGGCGGCGACGUCUGGGGGUCUCUUUGGCAACAAACCAACUACCACGCCUGCAAGCGCCCCCGCUACUGCUGCACCCGCCACGUCAUCUCUGUUCGGAAAUCAGAGCUCCUCGACAACGCAAGCCAAACCUGCCAGCGGUGGUCUCUUCGGUGCUGCGGCAACCACGGCCUCGUCACAACCUGCGACCACCACCACGUCCGCCCCCGCGACAUCGACGACAACCGCUUCAACUCCUGCAACGACGGCUGCGUCCGGGGGUGGAGCCAAGCCUUCAACCACCGCUCUAGGCGCGAGCAUCGCUCAGAACGCCACAACGGCUUCAGGCAAUGCCUUGGGCGCCUCGACGACCGGACCUCCCUCUCAGUUGCCUCGCCUGAGGAACAAGUCGAUAGACGAUGUGCUAACUAAGUGGGCUUCCAACCUUUCCAAGUACCAAAAGGAAUUCAAACGAUACGCCGAAGAGGCAUCCAGCUGGGAUCUCACACUCGUCAACAACGGCGAGAAGGUUCAAAAGCUUUACCUUAAUACUUUCGAGGCGGAGAAGGCGAGCCAUGAGAUCGAGCGUCAGCUCCAGGCCGUGGAAAGUCAACAGGAUGAGCUUGAGGAAUGGCUCAACCGGUAUGAGAAUGAGGUCAAGGAAAUGUUCUCUCGCCAGAUGGGCCAGGGCGAGGCCCUUGCAGGCCCUGAUCAGGAGCGGGAACGCACCUACAAGCUGGCUGAGAAACUGACCCAGCACCUUGAUGAGAAGAGUCGGGAUCUGUCCAAGAUGGUCAAGGAGAUCAAUGAGAUCUCUGGCACCUUGAGCAAGGGCACCAUGCCAGAGGAUCCGCUGAGCCAAAUCGUCCGGGUUCUGAACGGUCAUCUCUCGCAACUCCAGUGGAUCGACCAGAACGCAGCUGCACUUCAAGCCAAGGUAUCGGCGGCCCAAAAGUCGAGCAACAACCUCGGCGCUCAAUAUGGAGCCGAGAGCGAUGCUGCCGAGGGCUUCUAUCGCUCCUACAUGGGCAGGCGAUAGAAGUGUGCUUCUGUGUUAACAAAGCCCGGAUGAAACAGAGAUGCGCAACGGGAAGGCUACAUGGAGGUUUUGUCAAAGUGAAACACUGUCUGUCCAUUGAGAGGAAUGGGCUGCACUCGAGGUGCCCUUGAUGAUCAUAUCUACUGUACAUUACUUCGCUAGUUGCGGCAAUACGCAAUUGUCGCAGCCGCAUUCCCAUGGAGAAAACUCAUGUGAUCAGAACAGUUCGGGCUGGUUUCGGCGUCCGAUCCUUCCUUCCCCCUUGUGUUACAGUAGCCUGUUCUCUUCGUGG